AUUUUAGUGGACAACAGCCAAUUCAGUGGAGACUCGUUUUGUGGAGCACAGCAUCGGUCCAAAUCGGCUAGGCGGUGGCGCCAGAAAAAGCCAAGGGCUGGGUAAGGGGAACAGCAGAAAAAAAGGUCUCGCCACCUCGGGACUGGAGGUCCUUGAUCGCGCAGCUUUAUCCACCGUCCCUGAAAUACCGCCCACACACACCCUUCAAGUUCUGACCCUUUCAGCCAAAGUUUCUCACCGGUGCUUCCUCCCUUACAACCAAUCCUUCCCUUCCUACUUUUUCUCCUAUUUUCCACCUCGAUAAAGCCAUACACAUUGAUAUUUCUUGGUAAGACAAUUGCAAGCGAGACAAUCGCCCCUUGAGGACAAGUUUGUAAACACAAUGAAUUCGACGCUAUUGUCGACUCCCCCAGAGACUUACUGGGGCCAGUUUGAAGAAAUUUCCAAAUACAAUACUCACUUAAAUGUACUCGAGAGGCUAUGGACAGCAUGGUAUGCUUGGAUGCAAAACGACGUCCUGGCGACUGGCAUCAUGUCUUUUGUUAUGCACGAGAUCGUCUAUUUCGGGCGCUCCCUGCCUUGGAUCUUUAUAGACAGCUUGGGCCUGCUCAAGGGUUAUAAAAUCCAAAGUAAUAAAAUUCCGUCAUUGCGCGAGCAAUGGGAUUGUGCGAAAUUUGUCCUACUGAGCCAUUUUACAGUUGAACUACCUCAGAUCUGGCUAUUCCAUCCCAUGGCUCAAUUCUUUGGCCUUUCGACAUCAGUUCCUUUCCCCACCUUUUGGACAAUGGCCUACCAGAUUGCAAUCUUCUUCGUGCUUGAGGAUACAUGGCACUACUUCUCGCACCGAGCACUUCAUUGGGGUCCCCUCUACAAGGCUAUUCACAAGAUCCACCACCAAUAUUCGGCCCCCUUUGGCAUGGCAGCUGAAUAUGCUUCUCCAAUCGAAGUUAUGAUUCUCGGUUUCGGUACUGUCGGCUGUCCAAUCCUCUGGUGCGCAGUAACUGGUGACCUGCACAUUUUCACAAUGUACGUUUGGAUUGUACUGCGGCUGUUCCAAGCUAUAGACGCACACAGCGGUUAUGAAUUCCCUUGGAGUCUCCAUCAUUUCCUGCCAUUCUGGGCGGGCGCUGACCACCAUGAUCUUCACCACGAGAAGUUUGUCGGUAACUAUUCUAGCAGCUUCAGGUGGUGGGAUUAUCUUCUGGAUACUGAGUACAGCCCAGAGGCAAUCAAACGACGGAGGGAGAACAAGGCUGCCGGUGACGCUAGGAAGGACCAGUAAUAGUUGUUUCGCAAUUACUAGCCGCCUGCUCGAUCUUGUUCUUUAUUUAUUUUUACUUUCCCCCCUUCGUCACUUCCUUUCCCUGCAUAGAUGGGUUGUCUCGGAACUUGAUAUCGAGUUAACUUGUCUAUAUAUUUUCAGACCACCUGUCUGAUAUACAGCAGACUUUCGAUCCUGUUGGGAAUAAGGCGGGGGUAUUUAUUUUACUGCCAAUGGAUUAUAGCCUAUACUGUGGUUCCAUGUAUUAAUUUAACAAUAUUAGCUAAUUUAAUAGAAUAACUGUCACAUGAGGC